CGAACUAAGGUGUUUUUAAAAUACUGGCACGUGGAAAAGCUGCUUGAACAGCUUCAGAAAGCUCAGGAGGCAGUGAUUACGAUACAGAAAGGUACUGUACCUGGUUGAUGUGAAUAAAAUUUUUAGUUAAAAAUUAGUGAAAAGUGAAAGUGGGGACUUAAAGAAUGAAACAGCACAACUCUCGGAAAAGCAACAGGCCGUAAAAUGUCCGCGUUCUAAAAUCCCUCGCUUCCAAAAUGAUGUCAAAUAAGUAUAGCUUUUUUUGUUUUCAUAUCAAAACGUAGCUCCAACCUUCUAUUUGAACAAAAGAGGCUUGAACCUUCUUUGAACUGGGGUACUGGUUUCAAGCACUGGUAUAUUUGCAAUUUUAUAUGAAGGGCGAGAAAUGUGCAAACGUUUUAAAUGUAAGUGCAGAGUUAACGGUUGGGAAGCGCUUCCUGGGAUUUUCGACGGUAGUCGCGGUUUUCCCAGCAAAUGUGUUUCCUUAGAUGCCCCAAAAUUCAUGUGGUUAACUUAAAACUUAAAUCGUUUCUCGCACUGCUAUGGUUUCGAAGCUUUUCUGAGUUCUCAGUAAUUUAGAAUGACAAGCUUAGCAUAAGCUGUGAGCAACUGAUCCAUGAAUUUAGCAAGUAUAUCAGAAGUCAUUGAAUUUAAACAAGGUUUUCUAUGUUUGUUUAAUCAAUUAGUUGUUCGUGGAUUCCUGGCCAGGCGAAGGUACAAACGUCUCCGUCAAGAAGCAAUGAUGUACUCCAAGAAAGCCUCAACAUUCCUGAAAUCUUCCAACCUGUGUGGAAAUAUUUUCUUCCAAAAACAAGGUGAACUGCAACAGCAUGAUCAGAGGAGAAAAGAAGGUAAAUUUUUCUCGAUAAACUUCGGUUUCCUACUUUCAGACAUCCUGAACUUGUGCCAUGAUAAAAAAAGCGUUCUUUUUUUGGAAAGAGAAGAAAAAACUGCCAUAUUAACUGCAAUUUGUUCGCUUUCAGAAAUCCUAAAAAAGAGAACUCUUAACUACAUUGCUGUGGAAUUCCCCUCCUCUCUUUUAAACGACGACGACGACGAGGACUUUCCUCCACCCCCACCGGAUGCUCUGGGACUACCCCCCAAAACGAGAAGUCAUGGAUCCCUAGAGGAGGUAGAGGUAAAUCGUCUGCUAGGUGAACUUUGCAGUGUGAUAUAAUUAGUAUCGUGCCAUGUAAGGUGAUCCAGAUUCCAGAGAUCCGGGAAAUUCUUGCUUGCAAAAUGUGGAAUCUUGGGCUUUGGAAUCCUGGAAUCCGGAAUUCCGCUAACGAUUGGAAUCCGAAAUCCAAGUUCCACUUACAGGGUAUAGGAAAUCCAACUCCUGGAAUCCGGAAUCCACGGCCUGGAAUCCAGAAUCCAAGACUGUCUUGGAUUACCUUAUAUGGGGCGAUUAGUAGUUCAAGGUUGUCAUGGGUGUGUAAUCCUAUUUUUAAUAAUAACCGAAUAUGUGAUCAGAGGCAGUUGUUUAAUCAUAUGUAGACACCCUCUAAUACUUCUUUUACCAAAAGGACUCUGCUGACUUUGUUUCCACCAUUCUUUUACCAAACCCAGGCAGUUACUUGGCCGCCCGAUAGAAACUCGUCUCCAGGGAUUUUCCCUUAAGAUGUAGACGGGGCGCACCUCCCAUUUUCUAAGGAUAAAGCCCAGGGGACACGGGACGAGCUAAUGCCCCUGAUAUCAAUCGUGAUAAGACUGUGCGUCUUUGUCGUUUUUUUUCCUGGUUCGUCGCUUGCUCGGGUAAAAGCUCUUCUCGUUCGCUUUUAAGAAGUUUUGAGAGGUCGACUUGUAGCAAAUCUACGUCUUGAGUCAAAUAUAACUGUUUGUUACUGAAGUCUAGUUUAUUCUCUCUUGCUGUAGUUUAUUGACGAGCUUUCAGAUGAUUUGGAGGAUGAAGAAGACGUAUUUGUAGCUCAACCUGAUCCAAAAAAGAAUGCGUUUGGAGGAGAAAAAAAUAAAGCAGCGUAUGUCAAUAUUUUCAGUGUCUUUUGCAUAUGCAUGUUUUUCUCUUGUGUCCUCGAGUUAUUGUUGUGUUUCUGUUUCCUCUUGUUUGGGUGUUUCGGUAUCACGUGACCGAGACGCAUGGGCCGCAUGGAGUAACGAGACCUGGGGACUAGGCAAGGAAAACCUUGGUAAUUCCUUGUUAUAUGAUCGACCUAAGAUGUCCCGUACACACGCUGACUCUGGAGGACGAGACCUUUUGUCUCAAAAAAGAUGAUCGGACUGUCGAAUGUGCUGGUAGGGCACGCGCGCGGAGGACAUACUCCAAUCUCUUAUUAACGCUAGUGAUUGACAUGCUAUCAUAUUUCAUAGUGCCGUUCAGUGGUUCAAAGAGACCCAGGCCCCAAAAGGAGUUGUACAAGAGGACAGUGGAGUGUUCAGUGAAUGGUUUCACGGCAUCAUUUCCAGACGGUAUGCAGAUUGAAGUUUUUCAUUUCCUAUCACCGAGAUAGAAAAUACUAGUUCACACGAUACAUUUACUGUUAGCCUACUAUUAGCCGUAAUGAUGAUUCUAUAGAGUGAAAUGUGUUUAUCUUUAGGGAAUCUGAGCGUCUGUUGUCAAAUAAACCAGUUGGCUGUUUCUUAAUCCGCGUCAGUGAAAGCCGGUUUGGUUAUACACUAUCCUACAGGUAAGCCGAUAAUAAAGUAAAGCUCGUGCCCAGGUUUCACUGGUGUCUGUCUGUAGGUUUGAAAUCACCGUGAGAGAUCUGCGUAUCAGAUUAUUGAGAACAAGACCAGUGAAAAGUCGUUAAAAGAGCGGCUGCAUGGACAGGAGUUAGCUUGUUUCUAUGCUUGGGGUUUUAGUCAGCUACAUUGGGUCCCAGACUUCAGCAAACGCGCGAGAAAAAACCCGUGGUACUCAGGGUACUGGUCUUAUUCUUGUUUAGCGAGCAGUGUGAUGGUUGCUAAUAUCGACAAUCAAUUUUUUGGGAUCAAAGUACAAUUAUGACGUUGUGAGGUUAAAUUGAUGUCGUUUUACCAGAAAUGAUAAGUUAUGGCGUUGCAGGAAAGGCCGCAACCACUUUUCAGUCGAUCGUAUUUGAACUGCGUGCUUGUUACUUUUAGGGUGCAAAGUCGUUGCAAGCACUUUAUGAUCGAUCAGACUCGUUCCGGCAAGUUUGUAAUCGUUGGCAUGCCACGAGUUUAUAAAUCCCUCAAGGAAAUGGUGGAUGUACAUAAAAAGGUUUGGUUUUACCUCCAUUUAGUUUGUAUAACAGAGAGAAAAAAAUUCCCGUAAGAAAUGCCACGAUAACUUGUUAAGAUUUUGACGAAGCGGAAGAGAUAGAUUCUUUAUCGAAUUCUUGGAAGGAAAACAACCGGAUACUGAUUAUUAUUGUGGCGAUUAUUUUAAGAACUUAACUUUUGUAAGUUGCAGUCCUUUUCCUUGUCUCAUUUUAUGUUAGUUCUUUACAAAAGUUGUACCAAAACUAGAACAAUUUCAUCAAACCUCCAAUAUGAACCCUUGCCUCCAGUAAAGCGUUCACAAAAGUUCGUAAAUGGUGAUGUUUGAAUGGAAAUAUAUGACAUGACUUUUAUUAAUUGUUACAAUUAAGAAUGUAAACGGUAUGCACUAAAUCUGGACUCAGUAGUUUUCUUGUUUUUCAUAACGCAGGAACCAAUAACACCCGAUGGAGAUCUUCUUGUAAUACCUUGUGGUCAGGUAUGUGGGUUACAAAGUAACUUGAUGUUUUUGGUUGUCCUUCUAUAUAAGGAAACGUAUUUGGUGAAUCCAAAGGUACUUGCAGAAAAUGUGGACUGCAAUAGACUGACAACCUGCCGCAACCCGCUGCUUUUAAAAAAGUCAGGGUCCUAGCGCGUUAGACUUUCCAUGUUUACUCUAUAUGAUUUAGAUUCCUUUCAAGCGAAAAUUUCGCUAUGUUCACACUAAAGGUCCGCUAAUCCAUGUUCUAGAUAGUGAUUUCUUGAUCCUCUUUUCUCAAACUCAUAAAUAAUUUAUGAAGAAAAUACAAAGGAAGUGAAUGUUUGAUGAGUCUUUGGAAAUCAGAUGAAAAACUGCUCGUUUUGCAUCCUUAAUUUCUCCUGCUAAAAUCAUUUUGUUUGAAAAGUAAUAGCAAACAUUCGACACAUAUUACUUCUUCAACCAGUUCAAACUCUGAUGUUUUGACACUUUGCUGAUCUCAUCCGCUAUUUCUAGAAAUCCUUCUCUGUCAACCUCGUCCCUAGGGUCCUCUCCGAGAGACGAGUGGGAGAGAAGCUGGGAAUGAGGUUGUCACCGUCCUCGUUUGCUCUGAGCUAUCAAUGAAAGGUUGUUCUUUAUUGAGUUAUUGCAUCACCAUGUUUUAUUUAUUUAACAUUUGAUUUUUCCACUGUUUAUUGGUUUCAUAUCAAUGUGCUGAUGUAUCGUUUAGGAGUCCGAAGAAGUAGCAGAUUAUGUGGAAUUAAUCCCCAUGCUGGAUAAUAAGGUGACGAUAUUCAAAAGCUUCGGUCAUUGUGAAAGUGCUGUCUUACUUCAUUUUUAAAAACGUAUCAGAGAAUCUGUUUUUGGAGUGGAUGGACCUGUUUAGUUCUUAUUUAAUUAAAAAUUUAAUUAAAUAAAAGCCUUCCAGGUGUCGUUUUCAGAUGUCCCACAAAAAUAAGGCAUAUCGAGAGAGGUUAAAGGUUGUUAAGAUUCAUCAACUUAUUUCAUUCGAAUUCGACUUGCAUACCUCGUCUUCAUCCCGUUUUCCCAGAGGUAAAAGCUAACAUAAACUGACGGCCCUUGAGUACCAAUCAAAUUUGAGAAUGCACGCAUGCUCGGUAACAUUCUUUUUCAAACUUCUUACUCCUUCUCGUUGUGGGUUCUCUCUAUUUUUUUAAAAAAAAUCCUAUCAACCAAUCAACUUGCACAUAAUGGUUUUGUUAAAUUCUUUUCUUCGGUAAAUGCCAGUGUGCGGGCAGUGACUAAUAAUUUUGCCUGUCUUUUCACAGAACAACAAUAGAAAUCGUUAUAUUAAAAGGGAUGAUGUCGCACCACCCCUCCCCCCUAAGUCUCCAAGAUCACCCAAGGGAAUAGACGGAUCUUUGCCACCACCACUUCCAGCAAGAAACUACCAGGUAUGA